AUGCCAAGCACUUUGAAGCAGCCAAACAACGUUAUCCCAACAAACCCUGAAACACACCAACGACCUGUCGAAGUAACCGCUGCUGGAAGCAAAACGUUUACAACGCUUUUUCAACCUUCAGCAGCACAGUGCGGAUCAACCGUUGCAGGAAGCGUCACCGUUCAAUACCAACCACCUGUGGCUGCAAACAACAACCAUAUUUGGGAUCAGUGUUAUUUACACCCUGUUUCUCAUCAGAUACAAUCACUCCCAUUAAUUCCGAGCUGCAUCAAACACGAGCUCGGUUUACCACUCUCUCAAAAAACUUCCUCCCUUUCUAUGCAUAGAAUUGGCAAUUCCUCAUUAUUUUCAGAUGAAACAACACAUUACAGAGAAUUGGACACGAACAACGGGUGUAAAACUUCCAGCUCUUCGUCUUCUGAACCACAAUCGUUUUUUUCUUCAACUCCAACUUUCCAAUCCGCUGCAUCAUCCUGCGAAAAUUACAUGCAAUUUUGUAAUGGAUACAAUCUUUGGAAUGAAAAGGUUAAUAGUUUUUGCCAUUCUUAUACUUCAGGAACCCCAAAUUCACAAAACGUACAAGCCUUGAGCUUGCCUCUUCCCUCUCUCCAUCCGAAACCUCAAAACUCAGUCCCGUACAUGGCUCAACCUCUCCAACUCAAUCACUCCAAACCCCUUUCGACUGAUUUACCAAAUAACUCAAACACGGAAUAUGGCCCACAACAAAUUGGAUCCUUUUUCAACAUGGAACAACCCUCUACUGCAAAUCAAUCUACACAGUUCCAUCCUUAUGUCUCUGUAUCUAGGCGUUUGAAAAACGAUGCCAUCAUGGAUAGCCUUACAAAGUCAUUACAAACCUCUCUCACAGUUUCUACCAUCCCACCCCAUACUUGUAAUGACAUGGAAGGAAUACCACCAAGUAUGACAAACAUUGCAGUACCUUCCAAGCAUGUAGAACCAUGCUUUUUCCACACACGAGCUUCGUCAUCUGAUCAAGUAGACCUUAUUGCCGAGGGGAAUUGGCACGAUCCUUAUGAUAAGGCAAUGCAACACCCUUCCAUCAACGUGCACCCCAAUGGAUAUAGCAGCGUUCCCAACUCGCCAUCGAAACAUAGGAGAAUGGGAUCCAAUAACACAUCCAACAACCCCUCCUCGCUUCACAUUAACUUGGCUAUGGUCCACAAUACCACUGAUGUAACAGACAGCAAUAAUGGCCCAAUCUCACCAUCUAAGAAGGAAUCAACUGAGGACAAGGUUGUCUUGAAAGAAUUUCAGAAUUUGCUCAAGAGUUACGAGCCACUAGGGUAUGACCGAGCUAAGAGUUUAACCAUGAAUUAUCUGAAUGAUCCGAAAUGUCGUCUCGCAAAUCACAUGCAUUGGAGAGUUCAUAUGGAAUUGGCAGAUUUGGCCAAAAGAGAAAAUCUUGUUGAACAAGCUCGUUUAGAAUUUUGUACAGUGAACAAAAUACAACCAAAUGCAAGCCAAGGAUGGCUUGAGUAUGCCAAACUCGAGGAAGAAAGUGGUAACAAUGAAAAAUGUGGACGUUUGCUUGUGGAGGGAUUGGACAAGUGCAAACACAAUGAAUCUCUGCUCAUAAAAGCUAUCAAGCAUUUCGAGCAAAACGAUGACUUGCAGACAGCAAGAAGCAUUCUUGGUAGGCUAAAAGGUCAAAAACCAGAAUCAUGUUGGAAGAUUCUUUUAGAAGGAGCAUUGCUUGAAUCUCGUGCAGGUAAUGUCAAUGUUGCUCGAAAAGUAUUUAAAUAUCUCAUGAAGAAUGUUCACCGUCACGGCCCAAUCUAUUAUGAAGCGUUCAAGCUUGAAGAAAAAUGUGAACAAUUUGAUCAAGCUCUCAAUAUAGUUGAACAAGGCCUUGUUGCCAACCCUCGGUAUGGACCUCUUUGGUUUGCAGCGUUAAGACUUUACGAAAGAAAAUUUGAUCGUUCCAAAGUUGAAAUGGACAGUAGGGAGCAAUGCUUGGCCGAGUUUCGUCAAUGUAUUUCUAGAGCUGCAAAAAGUAUUAGCAAGGAGCUAAAAUGGAAAGUGUACUUUGAACUUGCUCAAUUUGAGGAACGUGCAAGUCAUUUACAACUCUCGCGAAAGGCUUACAGUAAGAGUGCCAUCAAGGCUCUGGAAAAUUUGCGUUGGAAAGUUUGGCUGGCUGGAGCGAGAACCGAGUUGAAUGCUGGAAAUAUUGAAAUUUCUCGAAUGCUUUUGAAUAGAGCUUUACAAGAAGUUCCAAUCAAAACUAAAGCAGUAGUGCUCAUUGAAUGUGCGAGAUUAGAAGAAUUUUGUAAUCAUCUUGAUAAGGCUCGGGAUUUUUUAAAUCGUGCCAAACAAGAAGCCAAACACGAAUGGAAGGUAUUUUUAGAAAGUAUUCUUCUUGAAAUGCGAGCUGGUAAUAUUGAAAAAGCAACUUGUGAAGCUUUGGAAGCGUUGCAAAUUCAUCGAGGAACAGGUCGUUUGUGGGCCAUUCUUAUUCAGCUACAUCAUAUGAAGGGAAAUAUUGUUGAAUGUAGUCGUGUAUUUAAGGAAGCUCUUGAAGAAGUUCCAAAAAGUGGAGAGGUGUGGUGUGAGGGUGCUCGUAUUGCUCUUAAUCCUUUGUCACCAAAAUUCUCUUUGGAAAAGGCAAAGAGGUGCCUAGACUUUGCCAUCAAAUUCACACCUCAAUAUGGAGACAGCUUUAUUGAGUACCUUAGAUUGGAGUUGCUGACUAGAGGACCUUCAAUCCCAAACAGCGCUGCCGCACCUAUUUCGACCAUUAACGAGACUCAAGAGCAGAUUGAAAAUUUGUGUGUGAAUGCUGAUCCUAACUACGGACCUCUUUGGUUUCAUUGUAAAUCUCAUCCUCUUGACUCCACACGACAAGUGUUGAGAAAGGCAAAAGAAAUGUUAAUGUCUGAACUUGCUCAACAGAAAGAAAUCUAUCAACAUGCUAUCAUGAACAAACAUGCCAAGAAGACCAAAAUUCAUCUAGAAAGAGAAAGCUUUGGAGAACUUAGAACGUUCAUCACUGGAUUAUGUUCACUGAAUCAAAUGUACAACAAUCACAACCUUAGCUUUGAAAUGCGUAAGAAGUGUAUUUAUUUGAACGAGAUAUCAGUUUAA